AUGCAAGAAAUAUUUCUUACAGGACACAGAGAGCCAUCUGCAGAUUUGACAACGACGCAAGACCGACCAGAAAACUACGAAUUUGCUCAAAAAGAUUUUGAACAACUGGCCAAUGAAUUGUACCAUGGAAGACCUGUACCUGCUCCGUUUCUCUUAUUUUGCACGCCAACAAAGACCAGCCAUGCUUCUAACGGCAAACUUGCUAUUGCUUUACCUUAUGGGGUAAUGUUCAUUUUGUUAAUGAGAACUAGAUGAAUGAUUGUAUGUGAGGAUUCAGAAGAAAUGUAUCAGGAGUUUUAUAGAUUGCAAAUAUCUAAAGUUCUUUGGUAUCAUAGCAAAAAUAUUUCAUAGGGUGCAAUGAGAGAAAAAAUGCCAAGGAAAGCAAGUCAGUUUUAGAAAUGUGUGUUCAUCACAAAGGUCAUUGCAAAUUCCUCAGAAAUUUCCACAUUUGGUGUGUAAUGUACUACUAAUGUCUAUCUUCAUGGAUUGUACUGUAACUGAAGUAAUGAUGGAACUUAAGAAAGGACAUUUGGUGGAAUUGACUCCAGUCUUUUAAAGGAUCUUUUCUGGAAAAUUUAUUGAUCUUAAUAUAUUGACCCCCAUCAGAUGAGCAAACUUCAUUUAUGUAUUUGUACUUCAUUUAUCUGGUAGUGAAAAGUCUCAAGUGUUCCUGUGGUAAGCAGAGAAGACUAUAGUUUAAUUUGCCCAUCUUGAAAUGAAAAAGGAAACUUGUCAAAUUUGUUUCCUUUAUUAUGACUUUUGUAAAAAUGUUUUUCCUUUCAUUGGUUGAGUUGUCUCAAGUUUGAAAACCAGUACCGUUAGGUUUUAAAAAUUUUAAUGGAGAGAAAAGCAUUGUUUAUGGAAAAUUUUGGAUCCAUUUUUUUAAACAAAUUGAUAGAAGCUCAUUAUAACCCAAGGCUCCAAUUUGUGGUAUAGAAGGAUUGGAGUGAAUGAUAAAAUCUUUCUUUGUGAUUUAUCUGAGUUUGAAACAAUGCAUUGCAAUGUAUUUGGUUUUGGUAACAAAGAAAUGUGAUGUAUCUAGUUGUAGUGUUGAUAGCAGAUGACUCAAUUCAUGAUUUAUACUGUAAUCAGUCAUCAAAUUAAGCAGUAUUUUAAUCUGUACCAAAAUAAUUUGUGCUUGAUAAUUAUUCUGGGCAUGUGUUCAGUUCUUUGUUACUGUGUCUGUCUCGUCACAUUACGUGCAUUCAUUUCACAACAAUAACUUAAGAAUUAAAUCUGUAACACAGCUAGUUUACUUUUCACUUGUAAGUUGAUUUGUAAAUCCCUUGUACAGGUGGUAGUAGCAGCAUUGCCGCUUAGUGUGAAUUGAAAGCCUGCUGGACUUUGCAGCUGUUCCACGAGACAAAUUAUUAAGCACAAAACUGUUUUGGAAGAGGUAUAAUGGCAGCAUAUGUAUAACACAUAUUUGAAGUUCAAAUUUUAUAGUAUAAUAACAUUUUGAAUUUUGUUGCAAUGUAAAAAUAUACAAUCUGUGCAUUUUUAAGGUCUUUUAUGAAUAGAACUUGUCCAUCUACUAUAUAUUUCUUUCCAUUUUUUUAUGAAUAGAAGAACAUGUCAAAAACUGGCUAAGUAAUAAUAUGUUGAUCUACCAAAACAUAUUUUGUAUUGCAAAUGGAUAAUUUAUGGUAGUUCAUCUAGGUAAAAACAGGAUUUUCAUGAUCUACGAGGUUCUGAAGUAUUCAUUCAAAUAUGCGCAUUUAAUAUUAUAUCACCCAAAUGUGUUUGAUUAACAGUAAAAAUGAAUGACAUAAGCAUUAUCGAAUUUUAGGACUUGCAUUUAAAAAGUUAUAAAACAUCAUGGUAAAACUUGUUACUUGAGCCUGGAAGUUCUGGCAUUUAUAGGCAGGCAAAAGGACAUACAUUUUUACUAAAAUAGGCAUGAGAAAAGGAAUUUAUUAUUGCUAGUGUAGGGUUGCCAAAAAGCAUGUAAACAAUGAAAAAUCACUGAUACCAACUAAGGAAUAAUUAAAAUGAUUAACAUUUUCUUCUUAUUUUCAGACUUACUCUAAAAUUUACAUUAGUUCUUAACGUGUAAGGAAAAGUUCUUUUCUUUGUAAUCUUGAUACCACAUUGCCAUCCAGUAUGAUGGCUGCGAAUUCGUGUGAAAAAAAUGUGUGAAAAUGUGUCGAAAUGUGUGAAAAAAGAUUUAUUUCUCUAACACACAGACUAAUUGCUCAAAAUAUAAUUCCGGGCAUUAGUAUACAAGUCUAGAAGUCAUUGAAAAUAAAAAUAACAGUAAUUCCCUAGCAAACUUCUUAAAAUGAGAUGAAGACAAAGUAGUGGUGGGUAUCUAUUGUUGUUGCUCAAUCUUGAUAGUCGGAGAGUAAAAUCCAGAUGUCCUUUAAGCUCUUACAUCAAAGAUAGGUGAUCCUGAAACCUGUAAGUGGGAGCAUUAGAAAUAAAUAAAUUCCUCAAAACCCUACAAGCUGUAUUACCAUUAACUAUUUGUAUAGCAUUCUGGCAUCACCACUAGUUCUCUGCUAUUCCAAAUGUCUCAAAUUAGUCAGUUUAGUAAUUUCAUAGUUAUUAUGGUCCAAUGUAAAGUUGGUUUACAUGCAACAUAUUUAAAAAAUCUUUUAUGUUGAACUCUUUCUAUUUGCUGGUCAGUUAGAAUUAUGAGGAUUUCAUAUUGUAGAAGCUUACAUUAAAACUGGUUUAAUGAGAGUUACAUAAAGUGUCAUAAUGCUUUUAAUAUCCUUAAAUUCAUUAGUGUCUUUUUACAAAUUUAAGCAAUUUGAGAGUAUGGUUGACUGUAGUCUACUUCAUGCAAGUGAAACAUUAGGUUAGGGUAAAAAUGACACUGAGUUCCUUUACACUUUCAGAAGCUUACAACCUUACACUUUUUAAUAUUGAAAAUUAUACAAUUGUCAGGACACCACUGAGCAACCUCAUCAAUAGUCUUUUAGUUUUAUGCAGUAUUAGAAAUAUCAUUGGGUCCUAGUGAAGAGUUAUCACUAUUAUACUGUAAUAAGUAAUUCAUCCAUUUGGAAUUUCUGGUUAUAAAAAAGAUCUUUAAUUUUCUUCAGCUGGGACAAUGUGAAGUUUGAGAAAUAUUGCACUUGGUUGAUGUCUUGUUUAAGAAAUUGGUUUCAUAGUGGUAGUUAUUUGAGUUACUAGCAAACCUACCAGCGAGUAAAUUGCUGAUGUCUUGUGGGCCAAAAUAAUUACCAACAAUAUCAUCUGUAAGCAUUUAAUAGCUUUUAUUUUAUUCUUUCCAUAAGCAGUUCACUUUCUUCUUGUGGUAACCAAUAGUCUAUUGGGUUAUGGGUUGUGAUGAUGACCAUGAUACGUGGUGUGGUUUCUUUAGCGGAAUGUUUCUGAUCCACUCAUAAAUUUUUUCCUUCUAAAAACAAUUUCCAUUGACAAAUAUUGUCCAGAGCUAUUGUAGGUUCCUCAAACAAUGUGCAGCUUGAAGUUGGUAAGUCAUCCAAGUUGAAGUUACUCCUACCUUUGGUACGGUCAAUUAUUGUCAGUUGUAGGGGAUCUGUUAAUAGAGUUGCUAUCAUUGAUUUUACUGUUUUAGUUGGCCCUUUUAAAACAAAGGAAUUUUUCUUUUGAAAGUAUAUACUUUGAAUUAAAAGGAAAUGGGCAUAGAAUUCAUAAAUGUUUAUUCUAUUACUAUUGAAUAAAUAUUGCAAAUAUUUGAUAUUUUGAAUAUUAAUAUCUUGAAGGUUAAUAUUGUCUAAUAUAAUGUCAAAAUAAUUUGUUUUUCGUAGUGUCUCCUUUAAAUGAGCAUUAUCUAUUUAACAUAUGGAAAUAAUGAUAGCUUUAAUCAUUCAUCCGUAAUCAGAAAUCAAUUGAAUAAUUACUGGGUUAGGUAUUUUUUUUAAAAAAUCUGAGUAAGAAUCAAAAUUAUAUUGUUCUUUUAAAUCCAUUAUAUUUUGUAUUAAAUAAUUUCUAUUUGAUUUCAUGAGAAGCUGAGUUUUUUGCUUUUUUACUUUGUCUUGACUUUCCAGUAUGUUUCACAUUGUUCAAUAUUUAUCGAAAUGUCAAUAUCGUAUGUUUUGUAAUUUUGAGCCUUUUUAUAGCUUGUAUUUCUAGCCUUUGUAUAGAUGGGUGAUUGUUAAGCCAUCGUCGCAUACCGUAACGGACGAGAUAUAAAAUAAAUCGUCAAAUGUGUCGUAUUCGUUGUACCGUCGUCUUAGCCUCUUGCAGUUCGCAGUGAGUGAUUGAUAGGAUUCUGUCAAGCACAAUCGAUCACUAUUAUUCUCUGUUGAUUCGUAUAAGAAGUGGAUGUGUCCUGGAUGCUCCGCGAUGGCGAAUGUACACUGCUUCUGUCUUGGUGUUUCUGUGAUGUAUUUGUUGUAGAUGGUUCUGAUAUUUCUCAUGGUGUGGAUGACGAACGUAUAGAAGGACUUAUCGGAGGGUGUGUUUGUUCCGAAGAUUUUUUUUUACCGUUUUGGCGUUUGAAGUAAAUGUGAAGACGUCUGGCGUUUUUGGUGUGGAGGUGGUGUCAAUUUAUAUAAUUUCAGAGAUAGGAGAAUUGUUGUGGGGUGAUUCCAAGGACAUUGAUUCUCCGUCAAUAUCAUCGGGUUGUAUUUUUCGUUUUCUGUUGCUCUGUUGACUGUCAUUUGAAGCAGUGUUGAUAGCACAUGUAUCUGAUAUUGGUAUACCGUACUCUUUGAUUUCGUGCUUUGUGUUAUUAAAUCUGUCGGCAUGAUCUGAGGCCAUAGUUCUGGUAGGGUUGUUGCUAACAAUUGACGUAGGAGUCUCGAUGAUACAUUUGUUACACAUAAGUGAAUUUGACAAUCGUGUCCUUUGUUCUUGAGUAAUUGUACUGUUCUGUCUAUUGUUGCUACAGGAUCCGGAUAUUCCGAAUACGAGGGUGGUCCCAGAAGUACCCGACCCAACAAAGAAAAAACAAAAAUUUUGGAAAAAAAUAUGUUCAUUUUUCAACAUAAUCUCCUUUGAGCUCUAUACACUUUAACCAGCGAUGUUCAAUAAGUGCGAUACCCUUUGUAUAAUAAGAACUGUCUUGCUCCUCAAAAUAGCCACGAACUACCGACAUCACUUCUUCAUUUUU